AUGAAAGCCAACGACUUGAUUCACCGGGUCGCUUGGUCCUCCGCGUCUCUAAAUGAGGAACCGCUUAGCUUUGAAAGAGUAAUCUUCCUAACUGGUGAUGGGCAGCCGGAUGAACCCUUGUUCACGUACAAGAAACAGCUUGCUGAUGCGGGUUAUGAAACUUUAGUCGUCAAAGAUCCCAAGGAAAUAGUUCCCCUCUCAAUACCUGACACUAUCGUUGUUCACAUACCGUAUGCCGCCAAGGCUAGGAAUGAAGUUUACGAAGUCGCAACUAAGUCAUGCACCAGUCUAAUUGCAGCUGCGAAAGCUCUGCACCAGCUUCACCAGCUCGACAAAAGUAAGGUGUACAAACUAUUCUCACUCAUCAACAAAGACCAUAGCAUUCAAGACUUGGGUUACGCCCCAUUACAUGGUCUGGCACGUGUGAUUAAGAUGGAAACACCAGCGAUCUUCGGCGGAUUAUUUGAGGUGGACCGGGUCCAUUUCCCACUGUUUCCUAUCAGAUACGCACGUGGUUUCGAUAUUGUUAGAGUCAGCAAUGAUGUAGCGCAGACAGCAUCACUUCAACCCUUUCAGGAUAUGUCGAAGGAUGGGGAAGUGCUACGAUUAAAUCCUCAAGGUACAUACUUGAUUACCGGUGGGACGGGGGGAAUGGGCUUGGAAAUCGCCACUUGGAUGACUAUGCGAGGUGCCCGUAACAUCUUACUAGUAUCACGCCGUGGCCUACAAUCUGCCCUAAACGGCGAACCACGAGAUGCCAACAUCGAAAAGCUUGUUUCAAGAAUCACUGAGCUCGAGGCAAUCGGUGCUACAAUCCACUUGCUAGCCAUUAACUUCAUACUAUAA